AUGGGGGUGGGGGCGGGGGUGGACGUGUCGGGGUGGGUGGAGGGGGUGAGGGGGGUGCCUAAGGGGCGUGGGGGCGGGUGGGGGGGGGGCGGGGUUAGGGGGGAGGGAGGGGUGUGUGGCGGGGUCGGUGGGGGGGGGGUGGGGGGGGUGUGGGGUUUUUGGGGGGGGGGGGGGGUGGGGGCGGCAGGGGUGGGGGGGGGACGGGGGGUCGGGUGGUGGUGUGUGGAGGGGGUGUGGGGGGGGGGGGGGGUGGGGGGGUGGAGGCGGGGGGAGGGAUGGGGGGGGAGGGAGGCCAGUGGGGUCGAGGUGUGGGGUGAGGUGUGGUGGUUUGGGGGGGGGGGGUGGGGGGUGAGUCGGGGGGGGAUUGUUGGAGGGGGCGCGGUGGGGGAUAUGGGGGGGUGA